AUGCCACUGCUGAUGUAGAUCUAAUAAGUGCAAAAAAACAGAGCAGUAACUCUAAAACCUCAUUAAAAUUUAGCAAAAAUGCAGAGCAUAACGGAAUGGAUUCAAAUCCAAUCAACAAAAUUGAGGCAGUCACUGGACAAGAGACAUCAAGAUCACCCAUUUCUGGCAUAACCGAUGUCAUAGUUGAUGCAAGUCCAACAAAUCUACAAAUACUAGACAGUAAAAACCAAUCAAGAACUCUCACAGAUUCAGAGAAUGAUGCUGUAAGGGAUCAAAAAAAAGUCCAUAAUGUUGCUACAGUUAGUGGACUAAAGAAUUCAAGAUCAUCCAUCUCAGAUAGAGCUAAUUCCACAGCUGAUGUAGAUAUAAUAAAUCCACAAUCAGUGAACUCUCAAAACCCUUUCACACAUAGCAUAGAUGUAAAGAGUAACAAUGGAACGGAUUCACAUUCAUUUAACACAUCUGAGACAGGCAGUCGACUACAAAUGCCAAAAUCACCCAUCUCAGACAUAACUGACGCAGUUGAAGUGAAUCAAACACAUCCAGGAACACUGGAUGGUACUUUUAAACACACAUUCAAUCCUGGGACAGAUAAGAAGAGGAAGGCUGAAACUGCUUCAAACCCACUUAACAAAGUUGAGAUGAACACUCCAUUAGAAAUGCCACAAUUACCAGUUACAGGCAGAGUUGAUGCUACAGUUAAAGUAAACCAAAUAAAUCCACAAAUGGUAUACAGUAACUCUGAAAAUGCCACAGUGGUAUCAACUCCAAUUAACAAGGUUGAGACAGUCAGUCAACUAGAAACACCAAGAUCGCCCAUCUCAGGCAGAUCUCAUGCUACAACUGAUCAAAUAAAUCCACGAGCAAUGGAUUAUAUCUUCAAAAACCCAUUGAAACCAGGUACAAUUUCUGAGAGGAAGGCUGGACUGUAUCCUUUUCGAGAUCACACAACUGAUACUGUAAGCCAACAAGAGACAUCAGAAUCACCUAUUUCUGAUUCCAGACUUGAUGUAAGUGGUAGAAAUCCCAGUCUGAAUAGUAAUGGUGACCUACCCAAAAGACGUUUUGAUUUUGUCAGAAACCAUAACAUGACACAACCAAGGAAUGGACAGACUAAGAGUUCAAACCCCAUGAGUAUAGACACUGAAAGAAAAAAGUCACUGGGGAACAACAAAACUACAUCGUUAAGAAGUGAUGUGAUGACAAGUGGCAGGCACCUUCCCACUGGACUUUUUCCUAAGAGGCAAGAGAAGCAGCAAGAAAUCACAAACCAACCAGAAAGAACCAAUCCCACAGGAAUACGUUUAAGUAAGGAUCCUAGAGAUAGAAAAGCAUAUAUUUUGCAAAGAAUACCAGUAAAUGAAAGUAAAGCAUUUGGCUCAGGAGAGCCAAAAAACACAAGUAGAGUGAUUGAUUAUAUGAUGACCAAUGGGACAACACAUGUUGAUUCUAAACCUCUAUCCAGCCAUAAUAAUGAGUUAAAUAGGACAGCCUAUGACAUGAAACAAUCAGUCAGGCCCACUCUGGCAACACAUGGUAUUGUGGAUCAAGCUCAUAUAAAAAGAGCAAAAAUUGCCCCUACAGUCAAGGUAUUACACACAAUGGGUAAUCACCAGAUUGAAAGUACCUCUCAAACUACUGUGACCAAACCAAGACUUGAAAAACCUGGUGGGAGUUCAGAACAGGAUCUGGUUUUGGAAACAGUAAAUAACAUUGGAAGCUACUCACAACCAUCUGUUGUGGAAAAGACAAAAGGCACUGAUAGAAGAGCAGGAAAAACCCCAUUCAGAACUACCCAUGUAGAUCCAAACCAGGAAAACCAUAAGAAACUACUUAGUGUAGGAAGCAUUCAGAAUCCUGGUGGGAAGGUGCCUCUAGUUGUGAUAAGCAGUGAGAGGAAUGAGUUAAACUAUACAACUACCGCAGCCACCCCAUACACAACGAAAACUGAGUUUAAGGACAAACACAGCAAAAUGCCUCAGUUUACUCCUCCUAUUAUAACAACAACACAACAUUUUAUGGAUCAAGAUCAUGUAGAACAAAACAAAAACACUUCUGGAGUGAAAGUGUCAAAAAAACAUGUUCAUCACAGAAUCGAAAACCCCAGCCAAGAAGCAGAGUCCAAAAGCUCUCAUAUUGACACAGGAAACAAAGAGUUGCAGAGUGCAAGCGAUGGUCAAGAGUCUGGUGCAGUGGCAGAUUUACAACCCAACUCUCUGGACAGCAUCCAAAACAGAGCAGUUGGCUCAAUGGCUAUCAUUAUGGACAAGGUCAAGGUCAGUACAGGCUCAAAGGUGUCAUCCACAUCUACAGAAAGCACCAAUGAAAACAGAGCAAGGAACUCAAACCCUUUUGUUAUGGACACGGUCAAGGCUAGUACAGAGGUGAAUCAGGCAACCCUAUCCUUAGACAAUCCUCCUGACACAUAUCAUAAAUAUAGGAAAACUCCAUUAGGAUCCGCUGACUCAGUAGAGGGCAAUAAUGGAGGACAUUCAAUAGAUAACAAUAAUGGGAACACUUACCCAGUUGCUGUAAACAGAAUGACCGGGUCAACCUUACACAAAAUCCCAGGUGGGCACACCAACAAUGGAAAUAACAAGGAGCCAGUCACUGUUAACAACAUGGAUGACAGACAGGGCUUAGAGAAGCAGCUGCUUGGCAACUGUCAUGGUCAGUGUGAUCUUGAGCCAACUCCUCGGUCAGUACUCAACAGCCGUGAAUCAUCAAACAACAACAGAGAUAAACCAUCCCAAGACUGUUCUGACUUCAUCAUGAGAUACCCAACAAGUGGCAUCUACAAUGUGACACCAACUGGAUCAGUCAACAGGACUUUCCCUGUCUUUUGUGACAUGAAGUCCUCUGGUGGAGGUUGGACUUUAAUUCAGUAUCGCUUCGAUGGAAGCAUCAGCUUCAGUCGUACCUGGAAUGAAUAUAAGAAGGGUUUUGGUAACUUAACGGGCGAGUUCUGGCUAGGUAAUGACAAGAUCCAUUGGCUGACAGCAACUAAAGCCAUGGUACUGCGCAUUGAACUUGAAGAUCUGGAUGGAAUUAAGGAAUAUGCCCAAUACGACCACUUUCAUGUGGCCAAUGAAAGUCAAUACUACAGGCUGACGAUAAAAGGAUAUUCAGGCACAGCUGGAGAUGCUAUGCAGUAUAGCAAAAAGUUCAACCACAACCAAAAGAACUUCACCACUCCAGAUAGGGACAAUGAUCAGUACACCUCAGGAAACUGUGGAGACUACUAUAGCUCUGGGUGGUGGUUUGAUGCAUGCAUGGCUGCAAACCUGAAUGGGAAAUAUUAUGAGACAAGAUAUAGAGGAGUGCGAAAUGGUAUCUUUUGGGGCACCUGGCAUAAUAUUUCCACUGAGUCCUACCCAACCCAUGACAGACAAUCUUUUAAGACUGUGAGAAUGAUGAUCAGACCCAGGACAGAGCUUCUGAUGAACUAGUUGAUGUUGACAGAGAACAUUCCAAGGACAGCUGUUUCCCUGACAUUUUGAAAAAGAAGUUGUACAUACAAUAGAUCUGCUUGGAUAAGUUCUGGGGAAAAUCCCUUUUCCCUUUUAGUGGACUCUUAUGCACUAUUUUAAUACUAUCCAGGUCACUAUAGUCCAAGUACAUUAUUGUUAGUAGUGGAAGAUGUCUUUAUUUCUAGUGUUGUAAGAUGCGUUUAUUAUUGUAAGAUGUGUUUAUUUCUGUUUAACAAUUUGGUCCAUUUAGAUUUUAUGAUGCAGAGGGCCAGAUCAGACUCUGCAUGAACAAGAUAGAAAUUGUGACAAAAAAAAAAAACAACACCUUACUUCUAUUUGGAAUGUGGGAGUAAAUAGGUUUUUAUGUGCACUAGUGUUUAAUGGGGGGUGACAAAUAAAACGCUACAGGACACAGCACUGGAUGUUCGUAAUGUUUUUACCUUUUAAAAACUGAACACAUGUGACACGUUUUGCUUUUAAUACAUAGCUAUUCAUUUAUAUUUUUAUAUCUAAAAAUACUCCAUUGUAUGGACAAAAAAAGUUGAUCAUAUUUUAAGACAAUGUUUAAAAAUACAGGAAUCUGUUGAGGAGCAUAAACAUUGUUGUAUGAAUGAACUCAUGCUGUUUAUAUAAUUCAUCCUAUUACUACAUUAUGUUUAACAUUGUAUGAUUAUUUUCUUCCAUUACAUUGUAUUCCAGCUCUUUAUUUACAUUUUACGUUUUUUAUUCAAUUUCUGUGUUUGUAUUUCUUCUAAGCUAACCACUGGUCCACAGCAAACUGGUAAUUAUGUAAUGGGAUAAACACAUUUUUUUUAAAAAUACACUAAAGGUUUUCUAUGACUACAUCAGAGAUGGUAUAAUGUAGAAUGAAGGCAUUCAAAUAAAUUUUUUAAACAGAUCAACAAUAAGCCUUAGUUCAUGUUUCCAUCAUCCUGAAUAGUGUGCUUCUGCUGUAGUCACAUCUCUUUCAUAAUACUCUGUAAAAUCCCAAUUUGCUCCAAGCCUAAAUUCUUCCUGGCAUGGAUUUAUGAAAGAGGUAGAAACAGGCAUUCCUGCCCAGGUCAACAUGAUGAUAUCACAUAUUUGCUGCACAUUUAUGCCAUAAAUCUCCUGUUCCACUGCAUCCUAAAGGUUCUGUAGAAGACUCAGUGACUGUAGAAGCCACCGGAGUUCACUGACAUCAUGCCUGCUGAACCAGUUUGAGAGGACGUGCUUCAUGACACUUUAUCCUUGUUCAUGGUAAAUUCUGAUGCAUGUCACAGCAGAAAUGCAACA